AUGACAGUUAUCGAGGCAGGCAGGCAGGCAGGCAGGCAGGCAGGCAGGCAGGCAGGCAGGCAGGCAGGCAGGCAGGCAGGCAGGCAGGCAGGCAGGCAGGCAGGCAGGCAGGCAGGCAGGCAGGCAGGCAGGCAGGCAGGCAGGCAGGCAGGCAGGCAGGCAGGCAGGCAGGCAGGCAGGCAGGCAGGCAGGCAGGCAGGCAGGCAGGCAGGCAGGCAGGCAGGCAGGCAGGCAGGCAGGCAGGCAGGCAGGCAGGCAGGCAGGCAGGCAGGCAGGCAGGCAGGCAGGCAGGCAGGCAGGCAGGCAGGCAGGCAGGCAGGCAGGCAGGCAGGCAGGCAGAGUACAUUUGCGUAUGUUUACAACAAAUCAAGAUCACUUUAUAUAAUAUGUGUGACAUAG